AUGGCGGCGCCCGAGAACCACAACACCAACGCUCCGACCAAAACCAGAGAAGAUGGCGAACUCUCUAAUUCCGAUGAGGCUGACGAAAACUCCAAUGGAUCUACGGUGCAAGCCACCCUUGCUGCAGGGUCCAGUUUUGUUCCUUCGGUGAAACCAAGUACCCAAGGCAUUCAAGGUGGAGGCUCCAAUAAUAUACAGAUGCGAACAACCAUACAACCGAUUUCACAGAAGAGCAUAAAAAAGAGCCAGUUACCCCUUAAAUCUUCUCCAUGGACUGGUCAUGCAAGCGAUGAUAAAAAUCUUGUGAUAAGCUUUUCUGAUGAUGACAGUGGUAGUAGUGACUUUGAAAAAGGUACUGUUGUCACGUUGGAGAGAAAUGUCAAGCGACCUAGCUCAUCCUUGGAAUAUUCAAACAAGUUACAGUUACCACAAAAUAGUAGAAGUUUGCAGAAGGAAAUGCCCAAGAAAUUUCCUUCUAAUCGUACAUUUCUCUCAUCAACCACCAAGAUUCCUAGUUUAAAUUCUAAGGGGGCUGGAUCCUGGUCAUUGGGACAAGGAUCACAAGCUAGAAAUUUCAAUCCAAUGAACAGAACUUUAGCUAGCCGAGAGCGUGGACGUGACCAAGGAGCAGUAUCAAAUGGCAAUAAACUUCAGGAUUUGCGGCAUCAGAUUGCACUUCGGGAAAGUGAACUAAAGUUGAAGACAGCCCAGCUAAGUAAGGAGUCUGCUUUAGUUUUGGGUAGGGAUCAGAAUGCCACGAGCCUAAAGAAUGACAAAACUAAGAAAAAUAUCCCCGUUUCAUCUGGAGCUGCACAAUUGGAGCCAAAAGAACCAGAUAGGAAGCGCAUGAAACUUGACACAACUCAUGAUACCCCUCAAGUUGUUGGUGGUCAGCAAGUUCCUGUUGUAAAAUCUAUAUUACCAUCAAAAGAUUCUCUGUGCGGAGACAUUUGUCCUCAGGAGAAAAACAUGGUUGAUCAUAACCAGAAAGUGAUUCCAUCUUGUAGAGGAGAGUCAACAAUCAUCAAAUCACAAAGACAACCUGACAAUCAUCUUGACAACCCAUUACAAAAUAUAUCUUGUAAAGCAAGAGAAGGUGAUGUCAAUUAUGGUUGCAACCAGACUGACAAAAGUAGUAGUCUGGUUGACCCUUGUGCAACUUUCAACCAAAGUGCAAUGCCAGCAAAUUUGCCUUCCAGUUGCGCGCCAACUAAUUUAGAAGCAUUAAACAAUGCUGUUCUUAUGAAUCAUCAUAAUGGUAAUGCAAGUGUCUCAGAGCAUAGCAGCAUUGAUUUACAGUCGUUUUUUGGUAUAGAAGAAUUGAUAGACAAGGAACUGGAGGAAGCUCAAGAGCACAGACAUAAUUGUGAAAUUGAAGAGAGAAAUGCACACAGAGCUUAUCUUAAAGCUCAGAGGUCUUUGCUUGAGGCUAAUGCUCGAUGCAACAAUCUUUAUCACCAAAGGGAGUUGUAUUUAGCUAAGCUACGAUCUUUAAUUUUGAAUAAUUCCAGUUUUUCUUGGUCUUUAGGACAGCACCAGCAACUUGAUAUAGGUCUAGAUUACGUACCUAAACUUGGAUAUCAAAUACCCACAUCAAGCUGUCCGAGGCAGGCUGAAUAUAAUAUUAAUAAUCCUAGUUUUGAUUCUAAUGAUCAAGGCAUCAAUAAUAGGCAAUCUGAUACUUCCUAUCACCACACAGAUGGAGCAAAUUUAGGAUCUGAACAUUGCGUUGAACCAGAUGCUAGUACAUCUGAACCAUUGUCUCAAAGGGGUAAUCAUGCCGCAGAUGGAGUGUAUUCUCCUAUGGAAGAAUUUGAUACAUCAGAUAAUGAAAAUGAAGAGAUUUCUCUAGCUGAACAUGCUUCUAAUCAUCUUGAUGCUGAAUAUCAAAGAAAACAAGACUCCAAAGCAAAACAAAUGCACAUAGAUACUACAUCAAAUGCAAAUUGUUCCACCGAUAGUCCUCAGGAUUCUUUGCUUCUUGAAGCAACAUUAAGGUCUGAAUUAUUUGCACGAUUAGGGAAAAGAGCUAUGAAGAGUAGUAGUCCAUGCAACAACAUUGAGACUGCUGAACGAGGUAUUGAAAAUGAGGUUGGAAAUGAGAAAAGCCAACUGCAUCAUGGCGCUGUCCCAUUGUCUAAUGCAGAAAACAAUGAUCUUAAAGGCAUUGAUAGGGAAGAAAGGAGCACCCAUCUGGAUUCCAAUGAGAUUCAAAGUCAGCAAAUCAUUGGUGGAAAUACUUUGAAUGUCAACUGCUGUGCUGGUUCAGGUGAUCGAGGGGAUAUGCCUUUUCAAGAUCAUCACUCAACUAAUUCAGUGAACAUUCCACCUUUGACUUUUAGGAGUGUAUUUAGUGAGCUGAGAGAAAUUUCACCAUUUACUUCAAAUCAGUUACCAAAUAAAAAUAAGUACACUCAUGAUAAUGAUGGUCAAAGUCAAAAUGCUACUUGCCUUAGUUCUGAUGAAGCAAAGAGGGACAGCAUGAUGGCAGUUUCAAUGCCUGUCACCAUUGGGAAUUUAUUUUCAAAAGAAGGCUCUUAUGGCUGCAGUCCCGAAGUUGAUCCAUUUUGGCCACUUUGCAUGUAUGAGCUGCGGGGAAAAUGCAACAAUGACGAGUGUCCUUGGCAGCAUGCGAAAGACUAUGGUGAUGGAAACACUAAUCAGCAUCAAGAUACCGAUUUUAAUAAUGGAGAUUCUCAAGAUAGAUUACCGUUGCAUCAACAAAAUUGUAAUGGGGUGACAAAAGUUACCAAGUAUCACAAAGCUACUAUUCUGCCAACAUACCUUGUUAGUUUAGAUGUUCUGAAAGCGGAUCAAUUUGCAUAUAAACCUAUUGCUGCACAGAGGAUUGCUCAAUACUGGCAGCAGCAUUUCAGUAUCACUCUGGCUACUAUGAAUUUGCUACAAAAUGGUUCACCCGCAGAUGGUCCAUUAUUACAUGGUGGUGAUGAACGCAUAGAGGUCCAUGGGGCAUGGAACAAGCAGUUAUCUAUUCAGUGGAGAAAUGGAGUUGGGAAUCAAAUUAAACAGGCUAUGGCUGAUAGUGAGCAAGCUGUUGAGACGGCUCUUCUUAUUCUCAACCAGGAAAUCAAUAAGUUGCAAGGGGUGCGAAAGGCUCUAUCUGUACUGUCCGAAGCGCUGGAUAAGAAUCCAACAUCUGAAGUAACCUGGAUAGUUUACAUGCUCAUUUACUAUGGAGGUUUGGGGCAAAAUGAAAAGGAGGACAUGUUCUCAUGCGCGGUUAAGCUCUAUGAAAGAUCUUAUGUACUGUGGCUCAUGUACAUCAAUAGUCGGAUAAAGCUUGAUGAUCGGUUAGCGGUCUAUGAUUCUGCCAUCUCAGCUCUCUGUCAGCAUGCAUCUGCUGUUCCUGAAGACAGAGCAAGCGAAAGUGCAAGCAUCUUAGAUUUAUUUCUGCAGAUGAUGGAUUGUUUAUGCAUGUCGGGGAACGUUGAGAAGGCCAUUCAGAAAAGUCAUGAAGUUUUCUUGGCUACAUCUAAAUUGGAUGAGCCCGAUCUUCUGCCACUCUCAGAUAUACUCAAUUGCUUAACAAUUUCUGACAAAUGUGUGUUAUGGAUUUGUUGUGUUUACUUAGUUAUUUACAGGAAACUGCCUGGUGCUGUUGUUCAGAAGUUUGAAUGUGAGAAAGAUCUCCUGGACAUUGAAUGGCCUUCUGUUAGUUUAUCAGACAAUGAAAAGGAGAGGGCUGUUAAACUUAUGGAAACAGCAGUUGAAUAUAUAAACUCACGUGCCUUCACAUUGGAUAGUGAAGUUGAUCUCAACUAUACCCUUUCUGCAUAG